AUCGUGUCCGACGGAUCCCGACUCCCGAUCGCUGGCUGGACGACUUCAAGAACUUUGCCUCCGAUCGUUUUCUUUCGCCUCCGCCGCAGAAAAAUUCGAGAUCGCGGGUCCUCUCGAUGGGGUUCCUCGUGACGACCCUUAUCUUCGUGCUCGUCGGCGUCGUCGCCGCCCUCUCCCUCCUCCUCUGCUGCAACCGCGGCGUCUCCACCAACCUGCUGCAUGUAACUUUGGUUAUAACAGCUGCAGUUUGUUGUUGGAUGAUGUGGGCGAUCGUGUAUCUUGCACAGAUGAAGCCAUUAAUCGUUCCCAUCCUCAGCGGAGAGUAGGCUGCUUGUGAAAGAAUGUAAUUCAUCUGCAUCAUGUCAUUUCAACAUUAUGUCUUGUAUUCUGCUAAAGUUUUACGCAAGCAGUUGCUAUGGUAUGAUACUAGUUAUUCUUUUGCUUUCUGAACCAAGUGGAUUUGUAUCAAUAAAUAAUGGAGUUGCAGAAUAUUCACAUAUAUACGCAUAUUCUUGGCUUGUUGUUAAUUCUAGAGUUUUGACUUGAGCUGAAUAAAAGAAUGUAAUUUUGUUCUUGGUUUUGCAUAUGCAUGCCAAAAGGAAAUAUGUUUUUGAGUAUGAAA